AUGAGGAGGAGCAGAAGCCGAACACCAGAAAGACAAAGGGCUCCUUCACGAAACAGGAGGAACAGAGACCGAAGUUCCACCCCUGAGGAGGAGGAAAUAAGGAAGCAUCACCAGGACAGGUAUGAGAGGCCUGAUGCUGAUUGGGCCAAAGCCAUGACUCACAAAACCAAGAAGCUUGAUGAUGGGACAGGAGAGUUGCGCCGGUCUUUGAAUAUGCAUCCGAUAGCAACGUUGGCCAAACUAAUGGAGCGAAUUGAACAACAUGCCAGAAUGGAGGAUGACAUACUCCAGGAGGAUGGCAGGGUUGUUGCUGAACAGACAAAGGCACCUGUUAAGAAAGUGGAUAAGCCAGAGCCCAAGACUUACAGAGAAAGAAAGGAGUACAGGCAGGCUAAGAAAAAGCCGGAGGACAUGGCUGCACAAGAUGAAAGCGGUCUCCUCGACUUACCACCAGAUGGUGAAAUUCCCAGGAUCGAAUGGGGUUGA